AUGGCAGGACAAAGAGGCGCCUGCACCAUGAGUGACGACGAAGUGGUAGAGAGGAGCUUGGAAGGCCCCUCAGCACUUACUACGGACAAGUCCUCCCCGAAAAGGGGGGACUUGGUGGAAAUAUUAAAUGGGGAGAAGGUAAAAUUUGAUGACUCGAGACUUUCCUUAAUUCUUCAGAACGGCCUGGAGACCCUCCGAGAAGAAAAUGCUCUGACAGAUGUCAUCUUGUGUGUGGACAUUCAGGAAUUUUCUUGUCAUCGUGUGGUGCUUGCUGCAGCCAGCAACUAUUUCAGGGCUAUGUUCUGCAAUGAAUUAAAGGAGAAGUAUGAGAAGAGGAUCAUUAUUAAAGGGGUGGAUGCGGAGACCAUGCACACUCUCCUGAACUACACAUACACAAGCAAGGCUCUGAUCACCAAGCACAAUGUUCAGCGGGUUCUGGAGGCCGCCAAUCUUUUCCAGUUUCUGCAGCUGGUGGAUGCCUGUGCCAGCUUCCUCACAGAAGCCUUGAACCCAGAAAAUUGUAUCGGAAUACUGAGGCUGGCAGACACACACUCCUUGGAAAGUUUAAAGAUGCAAGUUCAAAGUUACAUCACAAACUUUGUUCAGAUUCUGAACUCUGAGGAGUUCCUUGAACUUCCGGUGGAUACCUUGUAUCACAUCUUGAAGAGUGACGACCUUUGUGUGACGGAGGAGGCUCAGGUGUUUGAGACAGUGAUGAGCUGGGUCCGGCACAAACAAUCAGAACGUCUCUGCCUACUCCCCUGUGUUCUUGAGAAUGUGCGCUUACCACUUCUGGACCCGUGGUACUUCGUGGAGAUGGUUGAAGCAGAUCCUCUCAUAAGACAGUGCCCCGAGGUUUUCCCCCUGCUGCAGGAAGCCAGGAUGUACCACCUUUCCGGCAACGAGAUUAUUUCAGAGCGCACCAAGCCCAGGAUGCAUGAGUUCCAGUCUGAGGUGUUCAUGAUUAUUGGCGGUUGCACAAAAGAUGAACGAUUUGUGGCCGAGGUAACCUGCCUGGACCCCCUGAGGCGCAGUCGCCUGGAGGUGGCCAAGCUCCCGCUGACAGAGCAUGAGCUGGAGAGUGAGAAUAAGAAGUGGGUAGAGUUUGCCUGUGUGACAUUAAAAAAUGAGGUCUACAUCUCAGGUGGCAAAGAAACACAGCAUGAUGUUUGGAAAUAUAAUUCUUCAAUCAACAAAUGGAUUCAGAUUGAAUAUUUAAACAUAGGCCGCUGGAGGCAUAAGAUGGUCGUAUUGGGUGGCAAAGUCUACGUCAUUGGGGGUUUUGACGGCUUACAGAGGAUCAACAAUGUGGAGACUUAUGAUCCCUUCCACAACUGCUGGUCAGAGGCUGCACCCCUCCUUGUUCAUGUCAGUUCCUUUGCCGCUGCUAGCCACAAGAAGAAGCUGUAUGUCAUUGGAGGAGGACCCAAUGGGAAGCUGGCCACAGAUAAGACUCAGUGUUAUGAUCCUUCGACCAAUAAAUGGAUUUUGAAGUCAGCCAUGCCAGUAGAGGCUAAAUGCAUCAAUGCAGUGAGCUUCCAGGAUCACAUUUAUGUUGUCGGUGGUGCCAUGAGAGCGCUCUAUUCCUACAGCCCUCUGGAAGAUAGCUGGUGUCUGGUGACACAGUUCAGUCACGAGCGAGCCAGCUGUGGCAUUGCGCCCUGCAACAACAGGCUGUACAUCACCGGAGGGAGGGAUGAGAAGAAUGAAGUCAUUGCCACUGUGCUCUGCUGGGACCCCGAGGCGCAGAAGCUGACAGAGGAAUGUGUCCUGCCGCGAGGGGCCCACCAUGGCAGUGUCACCAUCAGGAAAUCAUAUACUCACAUCCGGCGGGUUGUGCCUGGAGCAGUAUCUGUGUGACUGUGAAGGGACUCAGGAAGGUGCCCCUGGAGUGUCUGAGCACUGAUUCCGCACCCCAACUUACUCAGGAUCCUUGUGAGCCUUAGGCUUGCCUUGACAUUAAGGCUUAUCAUGGGGCCAGCUUAUGAGACCAGCCGUGAAUGCUUGUGUGACCUACCUCAAGAUGCAGGGUAAUGUUUAACAUUCCAUACAUGCCUACUUACCCUGGCCUGUGCCAGGCACUUAUCCGUGAUCAUUCGCUUAACUUUGGAAUGACCUCCUGCCGGAUAGAUAUUACGCCUGUCUUAGAGGCGAAGAAAAGGCAUUUCAGACAGGCCAACCUUCACCAGGCCACUCAGAGAGCAAGCAGCUAAGCCAGAAUUAACACAGGUCUUCCCACAUUAGUGUCUCUUUCACCACACUUAACUCAGAUAGGAAAAUAGAAA